AUGACGGAUGCCUUCCCCGCCGCCCUGACAGGGCCAACCUCCAAGGAGCGCAAAUAUGAUCGUCAACUCCGCCUAUGGGCCGCAACAGGCCAGCAAGCACUUGAGGACUCUCAUGUUCUGCUGGUGAACUCUGAUGGCCCUCUCGGCCAAUACAACACCGGCGUCACCGGUGUUGCUGGUGUUGAAACACUCAAGAACCUUGUACUGCCUGGAAUUGGUGGUUUUACCAUCGUCGACCCAGCCAUAGUCACCGAGUCUGAUCUAGGCGUGAACUUCUUUCUGGAAGGAGAGUCCCUUGGCAAGUCUCGUGCUGAGGAAACCUGCCGACUGCUGAAAGAACUGAAUCCAGAUGUAGAGGGACAUUACUACAUCAAGCGUGUCGAGGAGCUUCUCACAGACCCUGACUUCUUGCCCCAGCACAAGCUGGUGAUUAUUUCUGGCCCAAUGAGACGCUCGACACUGGUACCCCUGGCCCAGGAAGCAAAGCAACUGGGUAUCCCCGUGCUGUACCUGCACUCAGUUGGGUUCUUCUCCACAUUCUCCGUGCAAUUGCCGGCUGAAUUCCCUAUUGUUGAGACACACCCGGACCCAGAAUCAACCCAAGAUCUGCGUCUGCUAAAUCCCUGGCCCGAGCUUGUCGGCGCUGCAGCCGGCCUAAACAACCUAGACACCCUGGACGACCACCAGCACGGCCAUGUACCUUACCUACUUCUCCUGCUUCACUUCCUGGAGCAAUGGAAACAGUCCCACGAAGGCAACGCACCGAGCAACUACAAAGAAAAAACCGAGUUCAGAGAGUUUGUGCGGUCCCAGGCGCGCACUUCUAACCCAGAAGGCGGCGAAGAGAACUUCGAUGAGGCCGUUGCCGCUGUACUGAAGACAAUUACCCCAUUCAGCCUACGCAGCUCAAUCCGCGAGAUCUUCGAGAUGGACCAGUGUCGACAGCUAUCAGCAUCAUCCCAAGAUUUCUGGGUCAUUGCCUCAGCCGUCAAAACCUUCCACGCAUCUCACGGCGUCCUUCCCCUCCCAGGCUCCCUACCAGACAUGAAAGCCCAGUCCGCAGACUACGUGUCCCUACAAAACAUCUACAAAGCGAAAGCGCGACAAGACGUGGAAGAAGUGACAGCAACAGUCCGCCAUCUCGAAUCCCAGCUCCAACGCCAAACACCCGCAAUCCCAGACCGAGACAUCGAAGUAUUCUGCAAGAACGCCGCACACAUCAAAGUCGUGCUGGGUCGCGAGAUCCCGCAGAUAAGCAUCGACAGCGACGCGUCGACAUUGAAAACCAUCCGGAACGAACUGAGGGGUCCCGGACACCCUGAUCCCGAUAUUUAUCGCGAUGCAGAUCCUCGACUCGGUCCUAGCAGCCGUGAAGAGGACCGCUCUGUUGAUGACGACGCGCUGUGGAAUAGCCACACGGAACGUAUCCUGGCUUUGUUGACUGGGGCGGAUGGAUCGGCUGUUUGUCAGGAGGCGCGCGCGCAGAUCGCCCGUGCGAGUAAGGAACUGCGUCGGGCUGAGGGCGGCGAGUUGCAUAAUAUCUCUUCGUUGACCGGGGGUUUGGUUGCGCAGGAGGCGUUGAAGGUGCUUACUAGGCAGUAUGGUCCGCUUGAUAAUACUUGCGUCUUUGAUGGGGCUAGGAGUAAGAGCGAGAUGUACAGGCUGUGA